UGGUCGGAAGUGAUAAAAAUCGAAAUUUGUAAUCCAACUUGCACCUGUUCUGAAUAAUAUCUUGUCUUGGACUUUCAAGCCCAACACCUAUGUAUGUGGGCCCAACGUAAAUUUUGGAGACGAAGAUGCCUUCCGUUACAAAAGCCCUUCCGGUCAAACACGGUGGAUACUGGAUACGCAGGUUCAAAUACAAACGGGCUUUCCCUCCUCGCCGAGUCACUCCUCGGACUUCAGUCAAUGGCAGUCGCUCUGAGAAGACUUGCAGCGGCAUUCGGCUACUCGCCACAUCUUCAAUGCGUUCAAAGCUUGUUUCCGUUGCGCAUUGGAAAUAGUUAGAGUUCCUUUGUGUCGUCUGGUAUGCCCUGAACGUGCUUGUGAAAUUGUCUCUGAGACAACACCUGUUUUGUCACCAACCAUUUCUGCACCUGCUCUGUAUUUCAAGAUCAGAGGGCGAUGCUCCGACCGUUCAUCCAGAAUUCCAACAAUGGCAUAACGGAGGUGGGUCUUUCCACACGUUUGCCUGCAUCGACCCAACAGUUUUCAUUGAGUUUGGUGCUGUUGUUCAUUCAAAAUCCGUUUUUGGCAAGAGCUGUCCUUGGACCUCACUAUUGGGCAAUCAACCAAAAUUGGGAUCAAUUUUUAACUCGACAUUGCCUUGUUAAUGUUUUCACUUAUUUGAUUUUGAUAGAGUAACCAGGUUCGUUCACAGGGGCAGGUGAGACAUAGAGCCUUUGAUAUCUUUUAAACUGAUUUUAGAUGCAUUACUAUAUUUUCUGAGUAAGUUUUACUCAGAUUCUAUUGAAAUUAGAGCAAUAGUUUGUAGCAUUCUUUGGUUUAUGAAGUUGGAGAGAUACAGUUACGAGAUCAUGCAACGAUUGACAACUUAGUUUAGGUUAACUUUUGCCUUUUAAGUUCUUGGAUAAUUUUCCUGGAAUAUAGUAUACAAUUGUCCGUUUGCUUGUUGUAGAUUGGUCAUAAUGUAGUUGUUGCGAAGAAUUGCAUACUUUGUGGACAAGUUGGGAUUGCAGGCUCAGUGACGUAUGCUCUUUCUCUGUCCCCUCUGUAUUUUUCUGAUUUAGAAAGCCCGCGAUAAGAUAUGAUCCACUUUCACUUCAACGACUUGGUCGAUUAUUCAGAAGAUCUGCCAAAUUUGAUGGCUGUCCUGUUUUUAUUCUCAUAUAGGAUAGGAGACUAUGUAACUAUGGGAGGGAGGGUAGCAGUUCGUGACCAUCUAUGGCUUGCUGCUACUAGCUAUGUAACGAAGGAUAUCACAGGACCUGGUGAUUAUGGUGGCUUCCCAGCUGUUCAUCUCCAUGAGUGACGAAGACAAGUUGCAAACUACCAUCGGACAUAAAAAAAGUGGAACCCUGAGAAUCGUUGGAAAGGAAAAUCAGGUGCACUCUUAUCUGGCACUGAAAUUUUGGAGGGAAUUUUGGUUUGGUUCACACCAGCUCUCUAGGCUCUUGGUUUAUAUUAAUAUUAGGCACAAAUGAAGAACUUACUCUCAAAUAUACUCUUUUAUUAUCAAAUUGAGAAAUUGUUGAAUUGCGUGA